GGGCUUUGGCCUUCAUGUCACGGUGAGCUGGAAUUUCUGGAGCGCUUCCGUGUCGUCAUCAGAGUGACUGUCUAACCAGGCAAGGAGCUUUGCGCGCAGCACCACCACUGUCUGGAGGACGGGGGGGACCCUGGGUGGUGUGUGGGGGGGUCCAUCUCUGUCGCCUCUUGUCUGUCGGACACCAAAUGUAAGCUAAAACCUGCCACUCCAGCCAUGGAGACGGAGCAAAGCUGCGUGGAGACUUCGGCGACUCUCCGGGCGAUGAAAGAUCUGCUCCAAAAACCGGCGCACGGAGGCGAGGAUGCCCCGGUGAAGCAAGACGAAAGCAAUUACGUCGAUUUUGAGUCCGUGGACAUGAAGACAAGAGGGGCAAAAGCUGGGAAAGACUGUUGCUUUGAUUUGAGAAACCAAAUGUCUGUCCUAAUUGACAAGAGGAGCGCGGGAGCUCCGUGCGCAACGGGACCAACCCAUGAGCUGGCGAAUAAAGCAGAGAUUGAUUCCGAGAGGAAAGGGAGUUCCGGGGUUGAGAAACGUGCAGGAGCUGGCGAGGAGUGUCUCCCUGAUUCAUCAUCGUCAUCAGUUCCUCCUUGUCUUAACGCAAAGUCAGAGGGUCGUCUCGAAUCAGGAGACCGAAGCGAGCGCGCCAUUACGCAGCCGGAUGUGUCCAAACACGAGGACUUGAAGACAGAAAGAGAUGGUGAAUUACACUGUGAUGACAAUUAUCUGAGUGGGAGAAGUGAGUCGGAUGAUGAUGAUGAUGAUGAUGAAGAGGAGGAGGAUGUUAGUUUGGUGCUUUCUGAUGGCUGCGUCCCGUGCGUAACCGAGGACGAGUCUCAUUACAUUACCACACACGAGAUCCAGCUCUCUGAGCUGUCUGACCACGAGGGGGACUCCUCCACCAGCUGGGACAUUGAGGAUGACAUCCAGGUGUACACCUUUGUCGAUUAUGCUUCUCUCGACGGAUACAGGGCGACGGGGCAGAGGGGGGCCGGCGGCCAGCCUCGCUCUCAGGGCGCAGCAGCAACAGUCAGCACUCUGCUUGAAAGUGAUCCGUGCGACGCGGCCAAGAUCACCAGCUCAGAUGAGAGUGUGUCAAAGCCCCAGCAGCAGCAGCAGCAGCAGCAGCAGCAGUGCAGUGGAAACAGUGGGGGGCAGAUCCACCUGUCAAUCAGGGCCACUUCUCGAGCUAUAAAUGACCCUGGCAACAUCCAAGAACAUGGCAAUAUUCUUUAUCAUACCAGGCGCUCCGGGGACCUGGGUCGCUAUGUGUUAAGGGGAGUUGAUGGGAAGACAGAGACGCUGUGUGACAGGGCGAAGUGCUUCAUAGCUGUGCCAGGACGCGUGCACUUUGGCGGCAAAUUAAAGGGGAAAGAGGUCACUGAGAAUUCCAGCGGUGCGUCCAGCGCCGUCAGCGAGCUGGACGACGCUGACAAGGAGGUGCGCAACCUGACAGCCAGAACCUUCAAGAGCCUGGCUUACCCUUACUUUGAUGCCAUCAAUUUCAGCACCUCCAGUGAGUCCUCUGCAUCAGAGCAUGGCAUAGGGAUAAACAGGUGGUCCACGUUUGUCGACCUGAAAUAUGGCAACAUGAACAUGUCACAGGGGCUGGACCAAAGUGUGGUUUCCCACCAAAACUCGACGGCCUCCUUCGAAAUAGCGAAGAACAUAGACAAUAGAGGUUAUAAGGACAUUGCACUGGCAAGCAUCAAACCGCCACCCGGCAAGAUCUUCACUCUGAGUGGAACCCCCCAUGGUGCGUCGUCUUCCACCAAGCAAAUAGAGCUGAUGGGGAAAUUCAGCCAGGGUCACAGUGGGCUGAUACGACUCACGGAGACUCUGAAUUUUCGAUGCAAUGUCAAAUCGGGAAUGUCUGGUGGAGAAAGGCGCACGAACUUUGCAGAAAACGCCGCAGGAUCACGUUCCACGGAUGAAGUUACCAACAGUUUGCAAGGCAGCCAGAGGAGAGUGGCCAGCAAGCCGCCCUCUAAAACCAUGGAGGACACGCACAAGAAAGCCACAUUUGCCUCGAGCCUGAUCAAAAAUGUGAUUUCUAAGAAGAUGCAGUUCGAGCAGGAGCGCAAGAUGGAACGAGGGGAGAUCAGCGAGCCGCACCAGGCGCCUUCUCCGUGCUGUGUGCAGCAGGAGGGCGACAGUCACAAGGGGAAGGGGAGCAGGGAGCUGCAGCGACAGAGCUCCAGGUUCUCAGAGAGCAGCUCCGACUACGCCAUAAUGUGCGUGGAUGAAUUAGGGGACCUUGUGGACAGCGGCUCGUGCGAGACCAGGAGCGACUCCCGGAGACACGACGCGGCCGCUCCGGCACCAGAAACUAAUUUGGAGCCGGCGGACGAGGUUGGAAUCGAUACUAAAAAAGGCGCAUUGGAAGCGUCCAGGAGCACGCUCCUCCGCAGCCAGAAUAGCGCGUUCAGAUGCUGGAGGGACGAGGAGCUAGAGUUUCACAAGGAUCAUAAAAACGAUCAAACUCAGGAGGAGAAGCCGCCGUCGGCUCACGACAGAGAGGGCGACGGGGACCAGUGCGCGGCGGGCAGCGGCAAACCCACGAAAAUGUCACAUUUGUUUGUGCCAAGUAUCCAACUGCUGUCCGGUGACGGAGAGGUCGGACAGCAGCUGCAGAGCAGGAGUUAUUCUCCGUGUGACGAGGAGGGAGGCGUGAAACCGUGCUCCGACAACACUUUAUACGUCGCGGACUCCAGGAGGGUCGCUACCUCCAAAUCUCCGGAGAUUAAAAUCAACUUGAGGAGCGUCCGGGACAACAAAGCGGAGCCUUUCGGCGUCUCCAAGCUGCGCGCUCCUAAUAUAGGCUGUAACGCGGCCAGCCUCGCCAGAGCAGAUGACUUCAAAUGCCAGGCGCUGGCUGCAGCUCUGAAGGGUGAGUGUUCAGAUAAAGUGCCGCAUUUCAUGGUCAGAGACAUCAGAGACAAUAUAGGGAAGCUACAGACGCCAAUUCACCAAGUGAGGGACGUGCGUAAACUGGUUAAAAGCUCCUAUCACUUUGUUUCUUUGGACAACAAUGACAAUAAAUCAAACAUCGCAUCGGCUGACAACCACCCAGAGCAAAAGAAGCCAACGCCCAAUCGAAAUCCCAAUUCUGUGUCCCCCAUAGUGAUAAAAUGUCAGUCCGUGAAUACAAACAAUAACGGAAAACAGUGUGGUGAUAUUGACUUGUCUAACCGGGAACCCUUGGACUUUGACAGAGCGUCUCCAGAGGGCGCCAAAAGUGCUCCACUGCAGUGGGCAGCAGGGAAAGCAGCCUCAAAUAAUUCCUCAGAGGGAGACAUUGGUUUGAGAAUGGAAAGCAGAAUAGCUUCAAAUAAACAGGAAAAAACAUCAGAUAUUACAGACAAGAAACCCGAAUCCAAAAUGGCAAACCAGGGGGCUCUGGCAAAACUCCAGGCUGCUGUGAAGACCAUGGAGCAGCUCUAUGUGUAUGAGAAAAAUAAUUGGAAAAGGAAGAAUGAGCUGCAGCCCCUCACAGACAGCCACGUGCUCUCGAUGUUAGCUAGCGAGGGACAUGGAGGACCUGAGGAGGACGGAGCGAGAGGGUCCAACAUGUACCAGCCAGCGAGACGAGACUCCUAUCCCAACUUAAACAAGACACCACCCGCACUAACAGCGUCCCCGAGCGGCGAGAGCCUGCUGCGGCGGGAGGACAAAGACCCUCUCAAGGGAUUUCAGACACCCGGUGGCCGUGAUGACAGGCUGUUUGCUAAGCCAGCGCAAACCACCGGCACCACAGGCAGCAAAAACAAGUUCAGCCUCAGCACUAGCCUGAAAGCUUCCACAGCCGCUAAGGUGACUCAGUCAAGCGCAGUCGCACAAACACCUUUCAGCACCAAAAACUUUGUCCCGAAGUCCCCCAAACUGCCCGUGUCAUUAAAAAUCCACCAGCAAAGGGGAAGCGGAAACGAUGGAGCUCAAUCAAAGGAGGUGGACAGAUUUUCACAGGACAAUGAGAACUAUCUAACCAUUCCGGUCAAGUCUCAUGCCAGCAGCAGCAAAAAGCCCCCUUGUGCUGAUAGAACAUCCGUGUAUUCAUCCGCCGCUCAGUCACACCCAACCACUCCUCCAGGAUACUUUGGAUGUGGUGCCAGGUGCCAUGAGGACCACAGCCAGACCCACAAACACUCCAGCAUCGUGAUGGAGACAUGCUCGCCAGAGAUACCCUCUGCUACCAUCUACCACUCCUUACCACUGGGCAUGUCCCCCAGUCAGCCACAAGUUUACUGCUUCUCCCCGGCAAUCACCCCCGCUCCCACCAUAGACCCCUUCCAGGCCACCCAGCGGAAGAUGCUCCUGGAUCCCACCACUGGAAACUACUACCUGGUGGACACUCCUGUGCAGCCGGCCACCAAGCGCCUCUUUGACCCAGAAACAGGCCAGUAUGUGGAUGUGCCCAUGCCGCAGCCUCCCAUGACUCCGCUGCCCAUGCCAAUGUCACCAUUGGCACUCAGUCCCGGAGCAUAUGGACACACCUACAUGAUCUACCCAGGCUUCAUGCCCACACCCUCAAUGAUCCCGACCCGGACGCUGGUGCAGUCCCAGAUGUCGAUGCAGCCAGGGAUGGAGAGUGGCGAGAAAGCCAUGUCCCAGCAGACUGAGGGGAUGUACAUGGAGAGCCCCUACUACAUGGCAACUGGGAAGUCUCCCCAGGCGGCCACUGGAUCUCAACAGCAGGCCUAUACCAGCAGGCCGCUACAGGGCUACUCCGGCAUCAAGCAGCCGGUCAUCAGCAUUACAUCCCAACAGGGGCCCCGGAUCAUUGCCCCGCCCUCAUUUGAUGGGACCACCAUGAGCUUCGUGGUGGAGCACAGAUAAACAGCAGCUCACCUGGACAGGUCUCAUGGAGAACCUGAUGCCAUGAAGCAUCCCUGAAUGAUUCUGGGACUUAAAGUGUUUCAGGGUCUUGUGCGGAGUCGGGGUCACUGGACCACUCCGCUGCUUUGAAACUAUUAUAUGAACCUUGUGGACAGACAGUAAAUGUAAUCAGGGUAAAGCAUGGAGACGAGAGCUGCGGAUGUUGGAGACUCUGGGAAAGAAGUGGGGAGCACACGUGAAGUGAAGGGGUUGAGAAAGAGAAAUGUCAACUUUUACGAUGUCUUGUCCAAAAUGACAAUAAUGACUGCUGAACAUGAUUUGAUAGUUUUUUUUCCCCACUUAGAUGUGUUUUGCAAAUGUACAGUGUCAUUCAAAAGUGUGUCACAAAUGCAGAAUGCAAUAUUACAUUAGAUGCUGUUUGUAAAUGUGUUUGUGCGUCUUUGAAAUUGAAUAAACAUGAGACCCUUUUUGCAAA